AUGGGAGACGAAAUGGAUGCAGUGAUUCCCGAGCGGGAGAUGAAGGAUUUUCAGUUUAGAGCACUGAAGAAGGUGAAAAUCUUUGAGUCCCCUGACGAGUUGCCCAAGGAACGCUCGAGUUUGCUUGCUGUGUCCAACAAAUAUGGUCUGGUCUUUGCUGGUGGAGUCAGUGGAUUGCAUGUUUUUCAUACUAAAAAUCUUCUAAUUCAAAAUAAACCUGGGGACGAUCCCAAUAAAAUUGUUGAUAAAGUCCAAAGCUUGCUAGUGCCCAUGAAAUUCCCUGUACAUCACCUGGCUCUGAGCUGUGAUCACCUCACACUCUCCGUGUGCAUGAUGUCGAGUGAAUAUGGCUCCAUUAUUGCUUUUUUUGAUGUUCGCACAUUCUCAUAUGAGGCUAAACAGCAGAAACGCCCAUUUGCCUAUCAUAAGCUUUUAAAAGAUGCAGGAGGCAUGGUGAUUGAUAUGAAGUGGAACCCUACUGUCCCCUCCAUGGUGGCAAUUUGUCUGGCUGAUGGCAGUAUAGCUGUCCUACAAGUCACAGACACGGUGAAAGUGUGUGCUGCUCUUCCUUCCUCUGUAGCAGUAACAUCUGUGUGCUGGAGCCCCAAAGGAAAGCAGCUGGCAGUGGGAAAACAGAAUGGCACUGUUGUCCAGUAUCUUCCGACUUUGCAAGAAAAAAAAGUCAUUCCUUGUCCUCCAUUUUAUAAGUCGAGUGAUCAUCCAGUUAGAGUUCUGGAUGUACUAUGGAUCGGUACAUAUGUCUUCACAAUAGUAUAUGCUGCUGCAGAUGGGACCUUGAAAACAUCUCCAGAUGUGGUGAUGGCUCUAUUACCUAAAAAGGAAGAAAAGCACCCAGAGAGGUUUGUGAAUUUCACAGAACCCUGCUAUAGCAGCUGCAUGGAGAGACAGCAUCAUUACUUCCUUAAUUACAUUGAGGAAUGGGAUUUAGUGCUGGCAGCAUCUGCAGCGUCCACAGAAGUUAGUAUCCUGGCUCGGCAAAGUGAUCAGAUUAACUGGGAAUCUUGGCUUUUGGAGGAUUCUAGUCGAGCUGAACUGCCUGUGACAGACAAGAGUGAUGACUCCUUACCCAUGGGAGUUGCCAUAGACUAUACUAACCAAAUGGAAAUCACCAUCAGUGAUGAAAAGACUUUUCCUCCUGCUCCAGUUCUUAUGUUACUUUCAACAGAUGGCGUGCUCUGUCCAUUUUAUAUGAUCAAUCAAAAUCCUGGCAUUAGAUCCCUUAUCAAGUUACCUGAGCAGCUCUCAUUAGAAGGGGAGCGACAACCCAAGUCUUCAGGAAGUACUCCCACAACUCCAACCUCCUUUCAAGAACCACAAAAGAUUGAUGUUCCAUCAGUUGCACCUGCAGCUCCAGCUUCAGCUCCAGCUCCAGCUCUAGCUCCUGCUCCUCCUGCUGCAGCUUCUCUUCCACUUUCAUUGGCCACUGCUCCCACUUCUACGUUCUCUUUGCUGCCUCUUGGAGCCCCUACUGUGUUUUCCUUUGGCUCUUCAUCCUUGAAGUCAUCUGGUUCUGUCACUGGAGAGCUCACUCCAUAUCCCAUGGCAUCAGAUCAUUCCAAACCAGCGCUGGGCUCGGGCACAUCAACCUUCUCUUUUGCUCCGCCUUCUAAAGCCCCUCUAGCCCCCACCCCUGUGGCAGCUCCUGUGGCACCAUUAUCUGUUUCAUUCUCCUUUGGGUCGUCAAAUUUUAAACCUACCGUAGAAAGCACACCAGUGUCAAGUAUGUCUGUGCCAAACAUAGGAAUGAAGUCCUCCUUCCCACCUUCAGCCUCUGCUGUCAAAAUCAACCUUAAUGAAAAGUUUACUGCUGUGGCUACCUCUGCUCCUGUUAAUAACUCACAGAGCACACCCUCAAUGCUGCCCUUCUCUCCUGCCUCCAAGACAGUUUCUUCUGGGUCAAUCAACCACCCGACUCCUCUCUCAGCACCACCCAGUUCCACGGCAUUAAAGCCCUCAGUUUCUCCUGCAGUUUCUCCUUCAGCGAAAUCACUUCAGCCUCUGGUUUCAGAAAAGCAGGGACAUCAGUGGAAAGAAUCAGAUCCAGUGAUGAUUGGAAUUGGAGAGGAGAUUACCCACUUUCAAAAGGAAUUGGAAGAGCUGAAAGCCCGAACUUCCAAAGCCUGUUUCCAAGUGGGUACUGCUGAGGAGAUGAAGAUGCUGCGAACAGAAUCAGAUGACUUGCACACCUUUCUUUUGGAGAUUAAAGAGACCACAGAGUCUCUUCAUGCUGAUAUAAGUGCCCUGAAAACAACUUUACUUGAGGGCUUUGCUGGUGUUGAAGAAGCCAGAGAACAAAAUGAAAGAAAUUGUGACUCUGGAUAUCUACAUUUAAUUUACAAGAGACCACUGGAUCCCAAAAGUGAAGCUCAACUCCAGGAAAUUCGACGUCUUUAUCAAUAUGUGAAAUUUGCUGUCCAAGAUGUGAAUGAUGUUCUAGACUUGGAGUGGGAUCGGCAUCUGGAACAACAGAGAAAACAAAAGCGCCUGCUUGUGCCAGAGCGAGAGACACUAUUUAACACCCUAGCCAACAACCGGGAAAUCAUUAACCAACAGAGAAAGAGGUUGAAUCACCUGGUGGACAGUCUCCAGCAUCUCCGUCUUUAUAACCAGACCUCCCAAUGGAGUCUUCCCUUGGCUGUUCCUUCCCACAGCAGCACUCACAGUUUUGACAGUGACCUUGAGAGCCUGCGCAAUACUUUGUUAAAAACCACAAUAGACUCUCACACCAAAUCCUUGCCAAAAAUACCAGCUAAACUGUCCCCCGUGAAACAGGCACAAUUGAGAAAUUUCUUGGCCAAGAGGAAGACCCCACCAGUAAGAUCCACUGCUCCAGCUGUAAGUACCUUGACUGAAUCAACUUUGAAGAAUGUCCCUCAAGUUGUAAAUGUGCAGGAACUAAAGAAUAAUCCUACAACUCCCUCUGCAACAGUGGGUUCCUCAGUGCCAUACUCAACAGCCAAAGCACCUCACCCAGUGUUGACUACAGUGUCUUCUAACCAAGCCAAGCAGGGGACUCUAAUAAAUUCCCUAAAGUCAUCUGCACCCAUACCAGCAUCUAGUCCGCUGUCAUCUGGUGACAAAGCUUCAGGGGCAACUAAGACAGAAACAACUGUGACAUCUACCACAUCUGCUGUUGGACAGUUCAGCAAGCCUUUCUCAUUUUCUCCAUCAGGGACUGGCUUUAAUUUUGGGUUACUCACAUCAACACCAGCUUCUAAUUUUACUGCUACCCAAGGAGCAACACCCACCAAUAAAGAAUCAAACCAACUUGAUGCAUUCUCAUUUGGUGGAGUGAGCAAACCUUUUUAUGAGACUACUCCUGAAAGUGCUCCUCCUUCAGGAAUCACGUCACCAUCACACACCACUGGGACUGUCAUGGCUUCUUCAGGAGAGUUUGUUGCAUCUAACAGUAGACUUGUAGCCACUUCUGGAAUUCCUCUUUACACAGCCGCUAGCAAGCCGGACACUCCUUCUUCAAAGUUGGGAGAGCUUCUGUUUCCAAAUUAUCUGGCUGGAGAGACUCUAGGAAGUUUCUCAGGACUGCGGGUUGGCCAAGCAGAUGAGUCUCCAAAGUCAGCCAAUAAGGCUUCAACCGCAAACAUGACUAGUGCGCAGUCAACCAAGACUUCAACCGUUUCUUCAGGGUUUAGUUUUUCUGGCCCUCCGGUGCUUCCUGUGGCCUCCUCUGUAACCUCCACCAUAGUAGUACCACCUGCAGCAGCCAGCACAAGCUCUAGCAGCUCCUCAGUUGGUGCUUUUGGCAGCCUGCCACUCACCAGUGCAGGAUCCUCUGGGGCAGUCAAUUUUGGUGGGACUUCUUUAAGUGGCAGCAAGAUGAGUUUUUCAUUUGGAAGUCAACCAACCAGUAGUGCAGUGACCCCAUCUGUCUCACCGUCAGCUACAACUGCCACUGCCCUCCCUACAUCAUUCCCUGCAUUGUCACUUGGUAACCUCCUGAGUUCAGCAGCUGCUCCCGCCCAACCUGUGUCCUCUGCUAAAAGUACAGAGGAGGUCACACCACCUGUUUUGCCUGAGAAGCUAGACGGCAGCGAGGCCACAGCAUCAGUGUCCUCACUUCUAGGGCAGCAACAGUCAGCCCAACUUCCCCAGUCUCCGCUUGAAACUUCUGACUCUAUUAAAAAAGAGCCUGCUCUUGUCCAGCCUGCUAUCAGCAACUCCACCACUGCAACAUCUGGUACCAAUCUCAUAGUACCUUCUGCAGAGGCCACUCCAGCAACCGCUGGGGUCCCUGAUGUUAAGAUAGAAGCAGUAUCUCCAGUCUCCACUUUUUCAGUGCCUGGACAGACUGCUGUCACAGCAACUACAACCACAGGUUCAGUCCUUGUGACUGCAGAAACAUCAAGUAGCCCCAUACCUGUCAACACUGUUUCCAGUAUUGCUCCAAGCCCAGCUACAGAGACAGCAGUGUUUGGGACUGUCACUUCUGGCUCAUCUGUCUUUACUCAGCCACCUGCUGUCAGUUCUAGCUCAGCUUUCAGCCAGCUCACCAACAACACAGCCACUGCCCCCUCCUCUACCCCCAUGUUUGGGCAGGUGGCAACCAGCACUACACCUAGCCUGUUUGGACAGCAGACAGGCAACGUAGCCAGCACAGCAGCCUCCACACCACCAGUCAGCAGCUCAGGGUUUGGCAGUCCAGCUUUUGGCCCUUCAGCCACAGGGGUCUUUGGACAAACAACCUUUGGGCAGGCACCUGCCUUUGGGCAGCCUACAAGCAGCUCUGCGAGCAGCUUCUCCUUCAGUCAGUCUGGGUUCAGUUCUCUGCCUACUUUUGGUCAAUCCAUUUCUUCCACCCCCACCUCUACCAGUGGAAAUGUCUUUGGCCCCUCCUCAAGCACUAGUAGUUCCAGCUCCUUCUCAUUUGGCCAGUCUUCUGCCAACACAGGAGGAGGACUAUUUGGCCAAAGCAAUCCUCCUGCUUUUGGCCAAAGCCCAAGUUUUGGACAGGGUGGCUCUGUGUUCGGUAGUUCUUCAACCACCACUACAACAGCAUCAUCUUCUGGGUUUAGCUUUUGUCAAGCUUCAGGUUUUGGAUCUAGCAAUACUGGUUCUGUGUUUGGUCAAGCUGCUAGUACUGGAGGAACAGUCUUUGGCCAGCAGUCAUCCUCUUCCAGUGGUGGAGUGUUUGGGUCUGGAAACACUGGAAGAGGGGGAGGUUUAUUCAGUGGCCUUGGAGGGAAACCCAGCCAGGAUGCAGCCAACAAAAACCCAUUCAGCUCGGCCAGCGGGGGCUUUGGAUCUACAGCCACUCCAAAUGCGUCUAACCUAUUUGGAAACAGUGGAGCCAAGACAUUUGGUGGAUUUGCCAGUUCAUCAUUUGGAGAGCAGAAACCAGCUGGCACUUUUAGCUCUGGAGGAGGAAGUGUGGCAUCCCAAGGCUUCGGGUUUUCUACUCCAAAUAAAACAGGUGGCUUCGGUGCUGCUCCAGUGUUUGGCAGCCCUCCUACUUUUGGGGGAUCCCCUGGUUUUGGAGGGGUGCCAGCAUUCGGUUCAGCCCCAGCCUUUACAAGCCCUCUGGGCUCGACGGGAGGCAAAGUGUUCGGAGAGGGUACAGCGGCUGCCAGCGCAGGAGGAUUCGGGUUUGGGAGCAGCAGCAAUACCACGUCUUUUGGCACACUCGCAAGUCAAAACGCUCCUACAUUUGGAUCACUCUCUCAACAGACUACUGGUUUUGGGACACAGAGCACUGGAUUCACUGGUUUUGGUUCCGGUGCAGGAGGAUUCAGCUUUGGAUCAUCUAACUCGUCUGUUCAAGGCUUUGGUGGCUGGAGAAGUUGA